GUGCACUUUUUAGGACAGGCGGCUUGAAUUCUGAGUAGAAGGAUUCUUAUAUAUAGUGGCUUUUUGUGUGGUGUAAAUCAAGGAAAAGAAAAAGAAAAAUGCAUCCUUCAGAAAACACCACCAAGAUGGCUUCAGUUCGGUUCAUGGUGACACCAACAAAGAUCGAUGACAUUCCAGGUUUGUCAGACACCAGCCCGGACCUCAGUUCUCGAUCCAGUUCCCGGGUAAGAUUUAGCUCCCGGGAAAGUGUACCUGAAACAAGCCGUAGUGAGCCUAUAAGUGAGAUGUCUGGAGCCACCAGUUCACUGGCGACUGUUGCACUGGAUCCAUCUAGUGACCGGACUUCUAACCCCCAGGAUGUUACUGAGGACCCGAGUCAGAACUCCAUCACAGGGGAACACAGCCAGCUGUUAGAUGAUGGACAUAAGAAAGCUCGAAAUGCUUAUCUUAACAAUUCCAAUUAUGAAGAAGGAGAUGAAUAUUUUGAUAAAAAUUUGGCACUCUUUGAGGAAGAAAUGGACACCAGACCAAAGGUGUCUUCUCUCCUCAGCCGCUUGGCCAAUUACACUAACCUGACGCAAGGAGCAAAGGAACAUGAAGAGGCAGAGAACAUCACUGAAGGGAAAAAGAAGCCCACCAAGACCCCCCAAAUGGGUACUUUCAUGGGUGUUUACCUUCCAUGUCUACAAAAUAUUUUUGGAGUGAUCCUGUUUCUACGCCUUACAUGGGUGGUGGGCACAGCUGGAGUUCUGCAGGCCUUUGCAAUUGUCCUUAUCUGCUGCUGCUGUACAAUGUUGACUGCUAUCUCCAUGAGUGCCAUUGCCACUAAUGGAGUGGUGCCAGCUGGGGGCUCAUACUUUAUGAUUUCCCGAGCACUGGGCCCAGAGUUUGGUGGGGCUGUUGGCCUCUGCUUUUAUCUUGGUACCACAUUUGCAGCAGCCAUGUAUAUCCUUGGUGCCAUUGAAAUUUUUCUGGUGUAUAUUGUCCCCCGAGCUGCCAUCUUUCAUAGUGAUGAUGCACUCAAGGAGUCAGCAGCCAUGCUAAAUAACAUGCGUGUCUAUGGCACAGCCUUCUUGGUCCUCAUGGUAUUGGUGGUAUUCAUCGGUGUACGCUAUGUGAACAAGUUUGCCUCACUCUUUCUGGCCUGUGUCAUUGUGUCCAUCUUGGCCAUCUAUGCUGGAGCCAUCAAGUCUUCAUUUGCCCCUCCACACUUCCCGGUCUGCAUGCUGGGCAACCGCACCCUUUCAUCAAGGCACAUUGAUAUUUGCUCAAAGACCAAGGAAAUUAACAACAUGACAGUACCGUCAAAGUUAUGGGGCUUCUUCUGUAAUUCAAGUCAGUUUUUCAAUGCCACCUGUGAUGAAUACUUUGUUCACAAUAAUGUCUCUUCAAUCCAGGGCAUCCCUGGAUUGGCUAGCGGUGUCAUUACAGAGAAUCUUUGGAGUAAUUAUAUACCAAAGGGAGAGAUUAUUGAAAAGCCCUCAGCCAAAUCUUCUGAUGUCUUAGGCAGCUUAAACCAUGAGUAUGUCCUUGUUGACAUUACCACCUCUUUCACUCUUCUGGUGGGGAUCUUCUUUCCCUCCGUCACAGGUAUCAUGGCUGGAUCAAACAGAUCUGGAGAUCUGAAAGAUGCUCAAAAGUCUAUUCCCAUUGGCACUAUCCUCGCCAUCCUGACUACCUCCUUUGUCUAUUUAAGCAAUGUUGUUCUUUUUGGUGCAUGUAUUGAAGGCGUUGUUCUCAGAGACAAGUUUGGGGAUGCUGUGAAAGGUAAUCUCGUGGUGGGUACCUUAUCUUGGCCGUCCCCGUGGGUGAUUGUUAUUGGCUCCUUCUUCUCCACGUGUGGGGCUGGACUUCAGAGUCUCACAGGCGCACCGAGGCUGCUACAGGCUAUAGCCAAGGAUAACAUCAUACCCUUUCUGAGGGUGUUUGGUCACAGCAAAGCCAAUGGGGAACCUACCUGGGCUUUACUUCUGACUGCUGUCAUUGCAGAGCUGGGAAUCCUUAUCGCCUCCCUGGAUCUUGUGGCCCCAAUUCUUUCCAUGUUUUUUCUCAUGUGUUACCUCUUCGUGAACUUGGCAUGUGCCUUGCAAACAUUACUUCGAACACCCAAUUGGAGACCUCGGUUCCGCUACUACCACUGGGCCCUCUCUUUCAUGGGAAUGAGUAUCUGUCUGGCUCUGAUGUUUAUUUCUUCCUGGUAUUAUGCCAUCGUAGCUAUGGUAAUAGCUGGUAUGAUCUACAAGUACAUUGAGUACCAAGGAGCUGAGAAAGAAUGGGGUGAUGGUAUCCGUGGGCUGUCCCUCAGUGCAGCCCGAUUUGCUUUGCUUCGGCUGGAAGAAGGACCUCCACACACUAAAAACUGGAGGCCUCAGUUGCUUGUACUGCUGAAACUAGAUGAAGACCUACAUGUCAAGCAUCCUCGCCUCCUCACCUUUGCUUCACAGCUUAAGGCAGGAAAGGGUCUCACUAUUGUGGGCUCUGUCAUCGUGGGGAACUUCCUGGAGAACUACGGUGAAGCUUUAGCUGCUGAGCAGACCAUAAAGCAUCUAAUGGAGGCAGAGAAGGUGAAAGGAUUUUCCCAGCUGGUGGUGGCCGCCAAGCUGAGAGAGGGCAUUUCCCACCUCAUCCAGUCAUGUGGCCUUGGGGGCAUGAAGCACAACACAGUGGUGAUGGGGUGGCCAAAUGGCUGGCGCCAGAGUGAAGAUGCUCGAGCUUGGAAGACUUUUAUUGGCACAGUUCGAGUGACAACUGCUGCCCAUCUGGCCCUGCUGGUGGCUAAAAACAUCUCCUUCUUUCCCAGCAAUGUGGAGCAGUUUUCUGAGGGCAACAUUGAUGUGUGGUGGAUUGUGCACGAUGGGGGGAUGCUCAUGCUCUUACCAUUCCUACUGAAACAGCACAAGGUGUGGCGAAAAUGCAGCAUACGGAUCUUCACAGUAGCCCAACUAGAAGACAACAGUAUUCAGAUGAAGAAGGACCUGGCCACGUUCCUCUAUCACCUUCGCAUUGAGGCAGAGGUGGAAGUGGUGGAGAUGCACGACAGUGACAUCUCAGCUUAUACUUACGAGCGCACCCUGAUGAUGGAGCAAAGGUCCCAGAUGCUCCGGCACAUGCGACUAUCCAAAACAGAGCGGGACAGAGAGGCACAGCUGGUAAAAGAUCGUAAUUCAAUGCUACGAUUGACCAGCAUUGGCUCUGAUGAGGAUGAAGAGACAGAGACCUAUCAGGAGAAGGUGCACAUGACCUGGACAAAAGACAAGUACAUGGCGUCCCGGGGGCAAAAGGCCAAGUCAAUGGAAGGAUUCCAGGACCUACUUAACAUGCGUCCGGACCAGUCCAAUGUGAGGCGGAUGCAUACAGCAGUGAAGCUCAAUGAGGUUAUAGUUAACAAGUCCCAUGAAGCAAAGCUGGUUUUGUUGAAUAUGCCAGGGCCACCCCGAAACCCUGAGGGUGAUGAAAACUACAUGGAGUUCCUAGAAGUGCUCACUGAAGGACUAGAGCGAGUCCUUCUUGUCCGAGGUGGUGGCAGUGAAGUGAUCACCAUUUAUUCAUAAUCUACCCCUGAAUGACCCUGCUGGGCCUCACCUUUCCAAAAAGGCUUCCAUCCUCCAUGGAAGUGCCAGCUCUUUACUACCACUCCCAUCAACUAGAGACCUGUGUUCUGUGUACAUCAUGCUGAACUCUUAACGAGCUGAGCCUCAAGUACUUGUGCAGAAAAGUACAAAUAGAUCUUCUCUUUGCUACCAUAUGACCUGCUGUCCUUAAAGAAGAAGCAGAUAUUCCCUCAACCUCAGAACAAUGCUCAAGUCCUACAAGCCAUGCCUGUACCAGAUAAAGGAAAGUUAGAAUCAACAAGCUAAACCAAUAAAAUGAAUUGGCAAAAGGGAUGCUAGAAAUUCUGAAGACAAAAGACAAGUACACAUCUAACAUUAAAGAUGAAUCUCAGCAGUCAAUUCAAUGAUGACACCAUGGGGGUAACAGCCAGAGAGACACAGCCUCAUCAUACUAAAGAAUUCAUGGCCAAGUACAUGGGGAGCUAACAUCUUUGUGGAGACAUCCAUGGCAAGCCAAGAUGAAAAUUUUCGUCAGUGUAUCCACUGCUCUCCAGGACUCUAAUUUU